ACCCUAAGUCGUGUAAAAAAAAAAAAAAAAAACAACCCAACCUGACACAUCUUUACCCUCUUGGCGCUGAGGAUCUAGGCUUGAAAUUCUGGUCAGGUUACUAGUUACUUGUGUGAAAGUGGAAGUUGGGUUUCCGAGGGAGGCGCGAACCAUGUAGUCAGCUCCUGCUGUAAAACGGUGUGCUAGGAUGGGCUCGAGUGGGAGUGGGAGUUGUGCUACCUUGGGCGACUCGUUCAGCCUCCUUAACAUCGUCUGGGAAGAGGAGACAGCAUUUUCAACUUCGUCGUGGCGGCGUUUGAGGAGCGAGUUGUAUUUAAGCAAGAAUUAUUUUAUGUAGAAGUCUUGUGAGACCACUGCACAAAUAGAGUGAUGAUUAUACAAAGAGUGGUAUUGAAUUCUCGGCCUGGGAAAAAUGGUAAUCCAGUGGCAGAGAAUUUCAGGAUGGAAGAAGUCAGUUUACCAGAUAAUAUCAAGGAAGGGCAAGUUCAAGUUAGAACUCUCUAUCUCUCUGUGGACCCCUACAUGCGCUGUAAGAUGAAUGAAGACACCGGCACUGAUUAUUUAGCACCUUGGCAGCUGUCUCAGGUGGUUGAUGGUGGAGGUAUUGGAAUUAUAGAAGAGAGCAAACACACAAAUUUGGCCAGAGGUGAUUUUGUGACUUCUUUUUAUUGGCCCUGGCAAACUAAAGCAAUUCUGGAUGGGAAUGGCCUUGAAAAGGUAGACCCACAACUUGUGGAUGGACAUCUUUCAUAUUUUCUUGGAGCUAUAGGUAUGCCUGGUUUGACUUCCCUGAUUGGAGUUCAGGAAAAAGGUCACAUAUCUGCUGGAUCCAAUCAGACAAUGGUUGUCAGUGGAGCAGCAGGUGCCUGCGGAUCUUUGGCUGGGCAGAUUGGCCACCUGCUUGGCUGUUCCAGAGUGGUGGGAAUUUGUGGAACACAUGAGAAAUGCCUCUUUUUGACAUCAGAACUGGGGUUUGAUGCUGCAGUUAAUUAUAAAAAAGGGAAUGUAGCAGAACAGCUUCGAGAAUCAUGCCCAGCUGGAGUGGAUGUUUACUUUGACAAUGUCGGAGGAGACAUCAGUGAUACAGUGAUAAGUCAGAUGAAUCGGAACAGCCACAUCAUCCUGUGUGGUCAGAUUUCCCAGUACAAUAAAGACGUGCCUUAUCCUCCUCCGCUGCCCCCUGCUGUAGAAGCAAUCCAGAAGGAAAGAAACAUUACAAGAGAGAGAUUUACUGUGUUAAAUUAUAAAGAUAAAUUUCAGCCUGGACUGCUACAGCUGAGUCAAUGGUAUAAAGAAGGAAAGCUAAAGAUCAAAGAGACUGUGAUAAAUGGAUUGGAAAACAUGGGAGUUGCAUUCCAGUCCAUGAUGACCGGAGGCAACAUAGGGAAGCAGAUCGUCUGCAUUUCAGAAGAUGUUUCUCUGUAGUCUUUGUGUAUCUUCAUCAAGGAAACCCUACAUUUCCUACUUGCACAAAGAUUCUUAAGAUCUAUUGAAAAAUAAUGUUACAGUACAGAUGGUUCUUGAUUUAAGUGUGAUCAUAAUACAUAACCUUUUUAUCUUCAACAUCAUAUAUUAACUAUAUAUCUAACGUGAUUGCUAACCAUUAUACAAUGGUUCUCAGCCUGUGGAUUUUGAUCUCUUUGGAGGGUUACUUAUCAGAUAUCCUGCAUAUCAGACAUUUACAUUACGAUUCAUAGCAGUAGCAAAAUUGCAGUUAUGAAGUAGCAACAAAAUAAUUUUAUGGUUGGGGGUUACAACAUGAACUGUAUUAAAGGGUUGUAGCAUUAAGAAGGUUGAGAACCACUACCAUAAUAGAUUGAAGUUAGUAUCAUCUGUUUUUCUCUUGUAUUUUAUUUUUGAGACAGGAUCUCAAUAUGAAGUCUACACUGGCCUCAAACUUGUGAUUCUUGUGGCCCUGCCUCCUGAAUGCUGGGAUCACAGGCAUGCACCACUAUGCCUGAUUUAUUUUCUUAUAAUAAAUAGUAAUGAUAAUUACUCAGGCUCCUCACUGCCAGUAUCUUUGGGAUUCCAGGCACAUGCUACUCACUAUACUCAAAUAUUAAAAUAAAAACCCUGGAUAGUUAAUACAGCUGCUAAUGGAUCAUACAUAUACAUCUUUAAAUUAUUUUUGAAACUGAGAAAACAUUCCACUAAUUCUAAGAUCAGCAGCAGUUAACAUUUAUUCAACUGGGGGAAUUUUUAACGUGCCCCCCCCCCCCCGACAGGGUUUCUUUGUGUAGCUUUGGAGCCUAUCCUGGCACUUGCUCUGGAGACCAGCCUGGUCUAGAACUCACAGAGAUCUGCCAGCCUCUGCCUCCUGAGUGCUGGUAUUCAAGGCAUGUGCCACCAACACCCGGCUUUAACGUGCUUCUUACAGUGAGAGUAUUGGAAUUAAGAUGGGCUUCCUGUAUUUUAUAUGGAAGAGACUUUAAAAAUCUCAUGUACCUACAUGUCUGUCUAUACACCAGGUGCAUGCCUAGUGCCCACAGAGGCCUGAAGAGGGCACUGGAUUUCUUGGAACUGGAGAGAGUUUUGAGCUACCAUGUAGGUGCUGUGUUCCUGAACGCAGGUCCUCUGGUAGAGCAGCAGGUGCUCUUAACUGCUGACCUAUCUCUCCCUAGCCUGACAAAAGAGAGGCUUUUAAUGGUAUAACUACAGAGUUGGGGGCAGCAUUGGGAGUGUUGAUUGUGGAGCAAUUUUCGGGGACUAAGUGAUUUAACCAAUGGUUGUAGACAUGAUUGAUGUUUCUCAUUUGUUUUAUUGUAACUCAACCUUUAGAAAAGUAAAUCAGAAGAUGUUUUCUAAGUGUGAUUUACGGCCACUUUUUUACAUAGCCAGUGUACUUCAUAUGUGACACUUGCAAUAAACAUACUCAUUGUAUUAGUAAUCACUCCA